GCCUGCUGACCUCAAACUUAUAGUUUCUGGACUCAAUCCUGGACAGACCUGACGACUUCUUAAAUUUCCCAAGGCGCAAACAGCGGAGGGGGAGGGGCAUUUGCCAACCUGCAGUUUUUGUGGUUCCCCUGGAAUACCCCUCGAGUAGAUUCUUUUGCGGAACGCUCCUUUGAGCUGACCGUUCGUAUCGGGCUCUGAACUGUGGGUCCUCAGAAGCAAGUGAGAUCUGAUCCAAGAAAGUACGUCCUGUGGUUGAUUGAGUAGAAGACUGCUCUUGGAGGGCCGGCGGCUGGGAGGCAAAAUGGCAUUUGGCAAUGUGAUGGGCAAGCUCGACGAGUUCAACUCAAAGUACCAGAUUGGCCAGAAAGCGUCUUCCGCAUUCAAUGGUGUGAAGUCAGCGACCGUCAAAGGCAGCAAGCAGGUCGCCAAGGUGGUGACGGGGAAAAAGUCCAGCAAGGAUUCUGAAUCCGCGGCGCUCCCAGACGAGUCCAUGUGGGAACAUGCGGAGCAGCAUGCUGCGAAACCGCUAGAAGACCGGAGCCGCAACGGAGCGAGAACAAGGGCGCCGCUCGAGGAGGUGCGGUAUGAUAGCUAUGGAGGAAGUGCGGAUAUCUGGGAGCAUUCGAAGACCAAUUCGUUCAAGACAAGGGAAGAGGAGAAGCGGGCUGCAUCGGCAGCAGCCAUGAAGUCGAAACCCAGGGGGCCUUUUGACUCGUCCGAGGACGAUACGUAUGGAUACGGGCACCGGGAGCCGGAACGCUACAAGGUAUUCUUGCCGGGGUACCUAAACAAGUCGUCGUAUGAACGGGCGAACGAGAGGGCUGCAAAAGUGACUCCAGCGCGGACGAGUUCAAAUCCGUUUGAUGAGCCAUGGCAAUGACCUCCAGCUUGAAGCACCUUAUCUGAGUCAAAGUGUAGUAUCAGGUGUAUAGCCGAGAAGUGGGCUGCGGCUCAAAUGUUCAACUGAGACAUUUCAGAAAUAGAGCUUGCUCGAAACCCCUCUAAAAAGAUGUUCUUCCCUGGACAAUUGGCAACAGUCGAAGCUGGGAACUCGUCAUUUGAUAAUGACGGAUUGUUUAGCAUAGGUGGCUCGGUCAGAACGGCGGCGCUGACUUGUGAAAAUUCUGCCAACAUUUUUUGCGGCUCCUUCGCUUGAUUGAUUGUUGAUGAUCAAUUGCAGUCAACAAAGUCUUCAUCAC